UUUAUUCCCCGAAGGAGAGCGGCUAAGAGUAUUGCCCAGCCACAGGCUCUCAACCACCAACCCGAGCCUCAGAUUCUCCUCACACAGCCACAGCUGUACCACAUGGCCCACGUGAAAUCUGAAUCCACAUGAAAACAAUGGCAACAAGAAAAAGGUGUAAACUUUCCAGAACAGGCCCAGAAUUUGAAAAUGUGAUAAAGAGGUUAUUGUGCGCCCGAACUUUUCGCACAAGAAUUGGAGGAGAUUUAACACAUGGAAUAAUAAACACAGGAAGGCGGGCUAAUGCAGAGCAGAUGGGCCUGCAGGGCAGUGCUCAGCAUUUCAACAUCUUUCCCCUGGACCUUUGGACCCAAGGUAAGAAAACUGAAGUUCAGAAAAGGGAGGGGACUGACUCAAUCACAGCUGCUGGCAGAUCUGGGACUGCAAACCAGCCUUCCAUUGCUCCACACAGGUGUCUCUUCUCACCUGGAAUCACAGCAUUGGGUGGACUGAAAAGAGGAAGAGGCUGCAAUGGAGCAGCACACCUAGUGUGUGGGGAUGCCUGGAAAACAAAAUUAGGAGAGCCCUGGGUCAGCAUUGCUCUGGCACUGGCUGGGCCGGGGGCCAUCCUGAUUCUAGAAUUAUCUUGGUUUCUGGGAUAGAAAUGUCCCCAGAGUGGAGAAGUUCAGUUCAAUCCAACAUCCUUAUAUUGCAAUGAGGAUAAAGACCACAGAC